UUAUAACAUCAAAUUGUACAUAAAUAAUAAAAAUACAACUCUACUUGUAAAGGCUACCUAAAUAAGUGCAAUGGGAUUUUUAACGGUGUUGAAGAAAAUGAAACAAAAAGAGAAGGAAAUGAGAAUUCUCAUAUUAGGAUUGGAUAAUGCUGGUAAAACAACAAUAAUGAAAAAAUUCAAUGGUGAACCUAUCGAUACCAUUUCUCCUACUUUAGGAUUCAAUAUUAAAACUUUGGAGCAUGAAGGAUUUAAAUUGAAUAUGUGGGAUGUUGGUGGACAAAAGUCUCUCAGGUCCUACUGGCGAAACUAUUUUGAAUGCACAGAUGGUCUUAUUUGGGUGGUAGACAGUGCUGACAAACGUAGAUUAGAUGAUUGCAGGUCUGAACUUCAUGUUUUAUUGAAAGAAGAGAGGUUAUGUGGUGCUACAUUGUUGAUUUUUGCCAAUAAACAAGAUUUACCAGGUGCCUGUACAGCAGAAGAACUGAGAGAGAUUUUGGAACUAGAUAAAAUAAAAACCCAUCACUGGAAAAUUGUUUGGUGCAGUGCCGUAACUGGCGAAAAUUUGUUGAAAGGAAUGAAUUGGCUUAUAAAUGACAUUUCCGCACGUAUAUUUACUUUGGAUUGAUUUUCAUAAUAACCUUUCGAAAUUGAAAACCAUCGUUGCUAAUUUAUGAAAUAUGCCACCAAUAUGUUACAAUAAAAGCUGUUUUCUUUCUAAGAAUCAGCUUUUUCUAAUAUUUUUUAGGACUUGUGGUUUGUGCUUUUAUCAGAAGUGGUAUCAUUGCACAGUCCGCCUGAAAAAUGUUUGCAUAUUCUAAUUAAUUGAAAUUUGUGACGUGCUUAUUUAAAAAAUACUUUUAUCUAUCUUUAUUUUAAUGUCUCAAAUCUUAUUUCCAGUUAAUAAAAAAAAUCUCCAUUGUUUUUACAAAA